GCCCGGUCCGAGAGCAGCGGCGGCGGCGGCGGCCGGAGGGACGAUGAGCGGUGCGGCGCGGGCGGGCCCGGCGCGGCUCGCCGCGCUCGCGCUGCUGACCUGCAGCCUGUGGCCGGCGCGGGCAGACAACGCGAGCCAGGAGUACUACACGGCGCUCAUCAACGUGACGGUGCAGGAGCCCGGCCGCGGCGCCCCGCUCACAUUCCGCAUCGACCGCGGGCGCUACGGGCUCGACUCGCCCAAGGCCGAGGUCCGCGGUCAGGUGCUGGCACCGCUGCCCAUCCACGGAGUUGCUGAUCAUCUGGGCUGUGAUCCUCAAACACGGUUCUUUGUCCCUCCUAACAUCAAACAAUGGAUUGCCCUGCUGCAGAGGGGAAAUUGCACCUUUAAAGAGAAAAUAUCACGGGCUGCUUUCCACAAUGCAGUUGCUGUAGUCAUCUACAAUAAUAAAUCCAAAGAGGAGCCAGUCACCAUGACUCAUCCAGGCACUGGAGAUAUUAUUGCUGUCAUGAUUACAGAAUUGAGGGGUAAGGAUAUUUUGAGUUACCUGGAGAAAAACAUCUCUGUACAAAUGACAAUAGCGGUUGGAACUCGAAUGCCGCCAAAGAACUUCAGCCGUGGCUCUCUAGUCUUCGUGUCAAUAUCCUUUAUUGUUUUGAUGAUUAUUUCUUCAGCAUGGCUUAUAUUCUACUUCAUUCAGAAGAUCAGGUACACAAAUGCCCGGGACAGGAACCAGCGUCGUCUUGGAGAUGCAGCCAAGAAAGCCAUCAGCAAAUUAACAACCAGAACAGUGAAAAAGGGUGAUAAGGAAACAGACCCAGACUUUGAUCAUUGUGCAGUCUGCAUAGAAAGCUAUAAACAGAAUGAUGUUGUCCGGAUUCUCCCCUGCAAGCAUGUUUUCCACAAAUCCUGCGUGGAUCCCUGGCUUAGUGAACAUUGUACCUGUCCUAUGUGCAAACUUAAUAUUUUGAAGGCCCUGGGAAUUGUGCCAAAUUUGCCAUGUACUGAUAACGUAGCAUUUGAUAUGGAAAGGCUCACCAGAACCCAAGCAGUUAACCGAAGAUCAGCCCUAGGUGACCUCGCCAGUGACAACUCCCUUGGCCUCGAGCCACUUCGAACUUCGGGGAUCUCGCCUCUUCCUCAGGAUGGGGAUCUCACUCCUAGAACAGGAGAGAUCAACAUCGCAGUAACAAAAGAAUGGUUUAUUAUUGCCAGUUUUGGCCUCCUCAGUGCUCUCACACUCUGCUACAUGAUCAUCAGAGCCACAGCUAGCUUGAAUGCUAAUGAGGUAGAAUGGUUUUGAAGAAGGAAAAGAAUGCUUUCUGACUGAUUGCCUUGAAGGAAAAAAGAACCUAUUUUUGUGCAUCAUUUACCAAUCAUGCCACACAAGCAUUUAUUUUUAGUACAUUUUAUUUUUUCAUAAAAUUGCUAAUGCCAAAGCUUUGUAUUAAAAUAAAUAAAUAAUAAAAUU